AUGGGACCUUCGAGGAAAUUUACCGUUGUAGUUCUUGGUAGCGGUGGUGUUGGCAAGAGUGCUUUGGUUGUUAAAUACGUCUGCGGAAAAUUUGUCGACAAGUAUGAUCCCACAAUAGAAGAUUUUUAUCAAAAGGAAGUCAGUUUUGCUGGACUUCCUAAAACUCUCAAAAUUCUUGACACUGCCGGUACAUCCCAGUUCUCAUCACUUCACGACUUGUAUAUAAAAAACGGUGACGGAUUUCUUAUUGUGUAUAAUUUAGCCAGCAAGCAAAGUUUUAAUGAUAUUCGAAAUAUGCGCGAAACAAUACUACGAGUUAAAGGUUUGCCUUCAAAUGGAUUUGUGCCCCUUGUCCUGGUUGGAACUAAAGCAGACCUCGUAUCUGAAGCAGAUGAUAAAUCCUGCAUUCUACGAGAACCCAUUAAUCUUGCAAAUGAAUGGCUCUGCCCCCACAUUGAAACCUCAGCUAGAGAUAAUAUCGGAGUUGAAGACGUCUUUCUUGAACUACUAUCUCAGGUUAGGAUAUUAAAUUUGUCUGUUUCUAAACUUUGA